AUGUCGACCGUCCUCCCCCCACCAAGCAAGAGACAGAGAACAGAUGCCGCAGAGAGAGCAAGAAAACAGCAAGAUAUUGAGGAAAUCCCGAGUGAUGCGGGAAGUUUGAGAAUACAGUUCUUUGAUGAAAUUACGGGGCUGCCAAUAGGUUCAGGUCCGGUUCUGGUGCCAGUCGCAAAUGCAAGCCCCAAGAACCUAGAGCUUCUUCUGAAUACCUUGCAAGAACAUGACUCUUCAGAGUAUAUCCCCUAUCGCUUCACUCUGCCCGUUCCCGACAAGAAAACUAAAGAAAUUACCACAACUGCUUUUCCCACGAACAUAUACAAGACUCUCAUCACUCCAGGAUUGAUCAGUACAGAAGAAGUCCUAAAUAUAUCUGCGGCACCACAAGCAGUGUUUAAAGUUCAAGCAGUUUCGAGAUGUGCUUCCACAAUCCCAGGACAUGGCAAAGCUAUUCUUGCAACUCAAUUCUCCCCAAGAACCUCCAGUCGGAUGGUGAGUGGAUCUGGCGACAAUACUGCUAGAAUAUGGGACUGUGAUACUGGAACACCUGUACAUACACUAAAAGGACAUACAAGCUGGGUUCUUGCAGUUAGUUGGUCUCCUGAUGAAUCGAGGAUUGCGACUGGAAGUAUGGACAAUACUGUACGGAUGUGGGAUCCAAAAACGGGCAAGGAAGCAGGGAAACCAAUGAAGGGGCAUACGAAGUGGGUCACGAGUUUAGCUUGGGAGCCAUAUCAUGUUCAGAAGCAAGGAGAGCCUCGCCUAGCUUCUGCAUCGAAAGAUGCAACAGUCAGAGUAUGGUCGACCAACCAACAGACGAUUGAGUUAGUACUAAGCGGGCACAAAGGCUCCGUUUCUUGUGUCAAGUGGGGAGGAACAGGAUUCAUAUAUACUGGUUCACACGACAAGACAGUGAAAGUAUGGAAUGCGAAGGAUGGUACUUUAGCUCAUUCCCUGAACUCCCACGCACAUUGGGUCAAUCAUCUUGCUUUAUCGACAGAUUUUGUACUCCGAACAGCGUACCACGACCACACAGGACAAAUUCCAGAUUCAGAAGAUGCCAAAAGAGCAAAAGCACUUGAGAGGUUCUUGAAAGCGGCAACGAUUCAAGGUGAGGUCGUUGAGCGCCUCGUGUCGGCGAGCGACGACUUUACGAUGUAUUUGUGGGAUCCAUCCAAGGGCACAAAACCGGUUGCACGCAUGCUUGGACACCAAAAGCAAGUCAACCAUGUUACCUUUUCUCCCGAUGGGCUUCUUAUUGCAUCCUCUGGAUUUGACAAUCACACGAAGAUUUGGAACGCGCGGGAUGGGAAGUUCAUCAACACCUUGAGAGGGCAUGUAGCGCCAGUAUACCAGUGUGCAUUUAGUCCAGAUUCUAGAUUAUUGGUCACCGGAUCAAAGGAUACCACUCUCAAGGUUUGGGAUAUGCGAACUCACAAACUCUCUGUUGAUCUUCCUGGUCAUAAUGAUGAAGUGUAUGCUGUAGACUGGAGUCCAGAUGGCCAGAAGGUUGGAAGUGGUGGGAAGGACAAAGCAGUUCGUAUCUGGAGACAUUGA